AAGAAGGCAAGGUACUCCUUAGAUACCGUUGACAGACUCUUCGAAACUGCUUUCGCGACCGCGACGCGAGUUUCUUUGCCCAGACCAAGCAAGUCGAAGAUGGAGGAGGCGAAGGCGGCCGAGCAAGAGCCUCCACCCGCCUCACCGACUGCAGUCGGCUCACUCUACACUGCUCCGAUGGCGCCCGAAGACGACACGCCCGACUCGUUGUGGGAAGAAGUGAGGCGCCUCAAAGAGAAGAGUCUCGCCAAGUCUCCGCCCAAGGUCAGGUCAAUUGAGCAGGCGCUCUCGUCAGGC